GGACUACUGCAACUCACUUGAGUAAAAGUAUCUGCUAAAUUAAUACAUGUAAACGUAAACUACCCUCCAGUCCACGUGGUGGCGGCAACGCGCCCAAUAGCUGCUUCUCCAACCGUCAGAAAAUACCGAGGAACAUUAAAGACACUGUAGGUUUUUCUCCUGAACAGCUGAGUUAUUCUACUUGAGCUAAUAAUCUUCACAUUAAAUAAUUUCUAACAGAGUUUUACAGUUAGAUUGGAUCCAGUCAGAAAUCAAAGCUCGGCGUUGUGUCUGUGGUUGAGGAUUUAAAUCUCCGGCCUGCUUUAAAACCCCGAGACCUGUUAUAAUGAGUUCAGCAGGAGACAGACCACACUCCCUCAGAAAGUCUCGCUCCCAGCUGUGUGAGGACGUGAAAACAGAAACUUCAGAUGGAGUGACAUCAGUCUCCGUGGAACACGUCCCCCCUGUGGACCAGCAGAAUGGAGGGGUCCAUAUGAAGCUCACACCUCAAGUCUGUGUGAAGAAAGAGGAGAUGCUGGAGCUGAACAUCUGCGACAGUGGAAACGACCUGAACAACAUUCCUGAAGUUUCCUCCAUUAAAGAGGAUGAAGCUGACGAUAAAGACUUCCUCUACUGUGAGCUCUGCAAAUCCUACUUCUUCAACAAGUGUGAGGUUCACGGUCCAGCGCUCUUCAUCACUGAUACCCCUGUUCCCAUGGGAGUCGCUGACCGAGCGAGACAAACUCUUCCUCCCGGUCUAGAGAUUCGGAAGUCUGGUAUUUCUUCUGCAGGCCUGGGAGUGUUUAAUAAAGGAGAGACUAUUCCAGUUGGUGCACACUUCGGACCCUAUCAGGGAGAGCUGGUAGAUGGAGAGGAAGCUAUAAACAGUGACUACUCUUGGGUGAUAUACAAGAGUGGCCAGUGUCAGGAAUACAUAGAUGCUAAGAGAGAGAUAUAUGCUAACUGGAUGAGGUAUGUAAAUUGUGCUCGUAAUUAUGAAGAGCAGAAUCUUGUAGCAUUUCAGUAUCAAGGAGGGAUUCUGUACCGUUGCUGUCGACCCAUAAACCUAGGAGAAGAGCUCUUGGUGUUAUAUGAAGAGGAUUAUAACAAAAAUUGUGGCCCUACAUUUGACUACCACUUGCAGAACACUUUUUCUUCCAGAGAUGUAAACAAUGCUCCGUUGCAAGUCUUCUCCUGCUCCUUGUGUCCACGUUCCUAUAAGUCGGAGAUGAACCUUAACAAACACAUAAGAAGAUGCCACUAUGAGGAGAUUGUCACAGUCCAGAAAUCAGGAGAGAUUAAAUAUGAGAUUCAGACGCACAGAAUAGGAGAGAAGCCAUAUCAUUGCACACAGUGUGGUAAGAGCUUUACUUACCAGAGUAAUCUCCAAGUCCACCAGCGUAUUCACACAGGAGAGAAGCCGUAUCUCUGCUUGCAGUGUGGGAAGACUUUUACUCAAAAGGGUAAUCUCCAAAUCCAUCAGCUCAUUCACACAGGAGAGAAGCCGUAUCACUGCUCACAGUGUGGGAAAAGUUUUACUCAUCAGAAAACUCUCCAGCAACACCAGCGUAUUCACACAGGAGAGAAGCCGUAUCACUGCUCACACUGUGGAAAGCAUUUUACUCAAAAGCGUAAUCUCCAAAUCCACCAGCUCAGUCAUACAGGAGAGAAGCCGUAUCAGUGCUCACAGUGUGGGAAAAGUUUUACUCUUCAGCGUCAUCUCCAAAUCCACCAGCGCAGUCACACAGGAGAGAAACCGUAUCACUGCUCACAGUGUGGAAAGAGUUUCUCUCAACAGAGUAAUCUCCUAGUCCACCGGCGCAUUCACACAAGAGAGACGCUGUACCACUGCUCACAAUGUGAGAGGAGUUUUACCAACCAAAGUACUCUCCAGCUACAUCAGCGCAGUCACACAGGAGAGAAGCCGUACCUCUGCUCACAGUGUGGAAAGAGUUUCUCUCACCAGAGUAAUCUCCAUGUCCACCAGCGCAUUCACACAGGAGAGAAGCCAUAUCACUGCCCACAGUGUGGAAAAGGUUUCUCUCAACAGAGUAAUCUCCAUGUCCACCAGCGCAUUCACACAGGAGAGAAGCCGUAUCACUGCUCACAGUGUGGAAAGCAUUUUACUCAAAAGGGUAAUCUCCAACUACACCAGUGCAUUCACACAGGAGAGAAGCCGCAUCACUGCUCACAGUGUGGAAAGAGUUUUACUUAUUCACUCAGAUUUAAGACCCACAAGUGCACUAAAACAUAACCAUUACAUGAAUUAUUUAUCAAAUUCGGUAUGAUUUUUGCCAUCACUCGUUUGACUUAAAAUGAUCUGUGUAGAUUGUAUUUUUGUGCAGGGAAAAGUAUGUAAUGUUAUUGCAUUGAUUAAUAUACUUAAUUUAAUGUUUGCUUUUGACAUUAAAUACCGUAAAAUACCCAUUGCUUACUCAUAAAUGUAUGCAUAUAAGCUAUAUUUUGACGUGUGUGAUAAGAUGCCCACAUUUUAUUCUGUUAGGUACAAUUAAUGAAUUUCUAUAAACAGUACAAAAUCUCAAACAAUUAUUUGCAUUUGUUUUUUUCCUUAAUAUUUCAUAGAGCAAUUUGUAGUAGUAAAAUGUUCAUGUCUCUCUUUAUAAACUUGUUUUAAUGGGCAUAAAGGUUUGUUUAGAACUUGAUAAAAUUAAAUUUGCUAUGUGCAAGUGUACUUGAACAUUAAACUGUGGGGCUGAGCCAGCUAUUCAUCUGUUUCUAAAUUUAAAUCAGUUUUUAUUUCCGUUUCUUUUUAAUCUUCUCAUGAUCGCAUGGUUUUCCUGAUUCACAUAGAUCAUGUAUUUUAUACGCCUAUCCCAUUCUCCAAAGCAAACCAAAACUUUUUGCACCAUGUAAAAACUGUAUUCUGCUGCUGCUUCUUGUUGUUGUUGUUGUUGUUGUUGUUGUUAUUGGGCUAUUCAGUGGCAGUGACAAAAAUCUAGAUUAUCGCAAUGGUAUCGUAUAUGCCUCCAAUCAAUUUGAUACACUAAUAGCAUCACAGAACCUUACCUAGCUCUAUAAAAGAACAUAAUAGAACUGUUACUU